AUGACCAAAUGGAGCGAUUUACAUGACGUCGAUGCUGAUAUGCUUCUUGAGUGGACUUCCAAAAUAACACGGCAUGUACAUGCACCUCACGGAACAUUUUCCUUGCCAACAGCAAGAUUUGAACAUGUACACAUCGAUAUAAUUGGUCCUUUACCUCCUAUUAACUCCUAUAAAUAUUGUUUGACAGCCAUUGAUCGAUUUACCAAAUGGCCAGAAGUAUACCCACUACAAGGAAUAUCUGCAGAAGAAGUAGCGGUUGGAUUUUUAUCAUGCUGGAUAUCCCGCCUCGGAGCUCCAGUCAAAAUAACGACGGAUCGAGGUACCAUUAGGAUCAGGACUUGCAGCUAUCAUCCAUGUUCCAACGGACUAAUAGAACGCUUCCAUCGACAACUCAAGGCUGCGAUAAUGUGUUACAAAGACAACACAUGGUUGGAAGCGCUUCCGCUAAUUCUAUUAGGCAUUCGAAAUGCUUACAAACCAGAUAUCAAGACAUCGGCAGCUGAAAUGGUGUAUGGUGAACAACUCCUCCUUCCUGAAGAGAUUUUUGAAUUACAUAAAAAUCCUCAAAAUUUAAGACAUCCGGCUGAUCUACUCUCGAGACUUCGACAACACGUAGCGCAUCUUCAACCAAGUGAAUCCAGUAACCACACAAACAAUAAACCAUUUAUUUUUCAGGACCUACAAACAUGCACGCAUAUUUUCCUCCGCGACGAUACUAUCAGGAAGUCACUCCAACAACCAUAUCAAGGUCCAUACGAAGUUCUCAAGAGAGAUGAUAAAACAGUAACCAUACGAACACAGAAAGGCAGUACACGUGUGUCCAUCGAUCGCAUCAAUCCAGCCCACAUCAUCGCAGAUCCAAUAGACCAAACAAUCAUCACCAAAGCAGAGAACAACUAUUUCACUCGAUCAGACCGAAAAGUUCAUUUUCGAAUACCAUGA